AGAAAGAAUCUACUAUCGACGUUGUAAGCUGGCCCCUGAACACUUGGUUGCUCGGAGCAGAGAGCAGCGUGUCCCUCUGCCUGCACUCUCAUUUACCGUUGCAGCUCACCAGCGGGGGCGGGAGUGCACGCCAUGACGCCACCUCCUCUCUCCUCGCCUCUUUAUAUGCCGAACCCUCCCUCGCCUGGCCACGCCACGCCACGCCUCGCCUCCUCUUCCGUUUCUUCUGCAAACCCCUGCUCAGCCCCCACCGCCUCUGUUCUUGGAUGGGCAGGACGGCCAUGGACAAGGGCGCGCUGGUGUCGGAGCACGGGAGCGGCGGCGGCGGCAGCUCGUUCGCGAGCCUGCGCGCGUACGGGCGUGCGCUGGCGCAGACCCCGCGGCGGGUGGCGCGGCGGGCGUGCGCGGCGACGACGCCGGGCGAGGAGAUGAGCCGAGUGCGCGCGCGGUCCGGUGCCGACAUGGCGCGCGCGCUGCGGUGGUGGGACCUCGUCGGCCUCGGCCUCGGCGGCAUGGUCGGCGCCGGGGUCUUCGUCACCACGGGCAGCGCCACCAGGCUGUACGCGGGGCCCGGAGUCGUCGUCUCCUACGCCAUUGCGGGGCUCUGCGCGCUGCUCUCCGCCUUCUGCUACACCGAGUUCGCCGUCGACAUGCCCGUCGCCGGCGGCGCCUUCAGCUACCUCCGCGUCACCUUCGGGGAGUUCGCGGCGUUCCUGGCGGGGGCGAACCUGAUCAUGGAGUACGUCUUCUCCAACGCCGCCGUGGCGCGCAGCUUCACGGCGUACCUCGGCACGGCGGUCGGCGUGGACGCGCCCAGCAGGUGGCGGAUCGUCGUGCCGGACCUGCCCGGAGGGUUCAACGAGGUCGACCUCGUCGCCGUCGGAGUCAUCCUCCUCGUCUCCGUCUGCAUUUGCUACAGCACCAAGGAGAGCUCGGUGGUGAACAUGGUCCUGACGGCCGUGCACGUGAUCUUCAUCUUGUUCAUCAUCGUCAUGGGCUUCGUGCACGGUGAUGCGCGCAACCUGACGCGCCCCGCCGACCCGGCGCAGCACCCGGGCGGCUUCUUCCCUCACGGCCCCGGCGGCGUGUUCAACGGCGCCGCCAUGGUGUACGUGAGCUACAUCGGCUACGACGCCGUGUCCACCAUGGCCGAGGAGGUGGAGCGGCCCGCGCGCGACAUCCCCGUCGGCGUCUCAGGCUCCGUCGUCAUCGUCGCGGUGCUCUACUGCCUCAUGGCCGUGUCCAUGUCCAUGCUGCUCCCCUACGACGCGAUCGACCCGGAGGCGCCGUUCUCGGGGGCAUUCAAGGGGCGCGACGGGUGGGUGUCCAACGUGAUCGGCGCAGGGGCGAGCCUCGGCAUCCUGACAUCGCUGAUGGUGGCGAUGAUGGGACAGGCUAGGUACCUAUGCGUCAUCGGUCGGUCCGGCAUCAUGCCUGCUUGGCUCGCUAGGGUGCACCCAAAGACAGCCACCCCUGUCAACGCCUCUGCUUUUCUCGGGCUCUUCACGGCGGCGCUGGCGCUGUUCACGGACCUGGACAUCCUCAUCAACCUCGUCUGCAUCGGCACGCUCUUCGUCUUCUACAUGGUGGCCAACGCCGUCGUGUACCACCGCUACGUGGGCUCUGGCGGCGAGCAGGGGCGGCGCGGCGGCGCCUGGCCAACGCUCGUGUUCCUCCUUGCCUUCUCUCUGGUCGCGCUCUCCUUCACACUGGUGUGGAAGCUAGCGCCGCAUGACGGCGACGGUAGCGUCGGCAGUGUCAGGACGGGGCUCCUCACGGCGUGCGCGGUGCUCGCGGUGGCAACGGUCGGCGCAUUCCAGGCGCUUGUGCCGCAGGCGCACACUCCCGAGCUGUGGGGCGUGCCGGGCAUGCCGUGGGUGCCCGCGGCGUCCGUGUUCCUCAACGUCUUCCUUCUCGGCUCGUUGAACCGGUCGUCCUACGUCCGGUUUGGCUUCUUCUCGGUCGCCGCCGUGCUGGUUUACGUGCUCUACAGCGUGCACGCCAGCUACGACGCCGAGGAGAGCUGUGCCGCUCUCGACGGCGACGCCAAGGUGCAGGAUGAAGGAUGCGAGGUGUAGGAGGGUGGCGGCUGCCUGGCUAACGCCAUAGAGACAACUAAUGAAAAGUCAAGUUAAAUUGUGUCUUAGUUAUUGAUAAUAUUGGAUUUGGAAUAAUUUUGGUUGAUAUGAGCUUAUUUGUGUAUGAUCUUGUUUA